GGGAAGGCGCAGCGACCUCUUUUAAAACGUGGAAAAAAAAAAACAACAAACAAACCCCUAAACCGCGGAAACAAAGCGGAGGCGCCCGCGCUGCCAUCACCCCGAAAACACAGCGUAAUUUGGAAUUUUUAAUUUUUCUUUUUAAGGGAAAAAAAAAACAACCCAAACCCCCAACCACCCCCCGAAGCUGCCGCUAUUGUGUGCGCCCGGGUCUGGGGGCGGCGGAGGCGCGGGCACGCCCGGGAGCGGAGCUGCGCGGAGCUGCGCGGUGCUGCGCGGCCCGCCCAGGGGUUUAUGAGGUUUUGCGCGGGGGUGUGCGUGUGAAAUGUUGGGGUUUUUAUGACAUCACAAGGCCGGAGUGCCCAAUCAGCUGGCGGGUGGCGGGGAGGGCUCGGUGGGGUGUUCCCUAGAAUAUACCGUCCGCGGCGGCGGGGCCGCGAGUGCGGAGCCCGGGGAAGGUGGGAGCCGCACGGAGCCCCGGGGCUCCCCCCGCCGCCCGGACCCCCCCCUCCGCUCCCAUUUUUCCGCCCCCCUCCCCUUGUCGGUAGCUUUGUUUGCUUAAGCAUCUCAGUGGCUUUGCACAGCAAAAGGGGGGGGGAGCUGUGCUUGUUGAUCCCCCCCCCCCCCAAAAAAAAAAAAAAAGAAAAAAAGAGAUUAUUUUUGAAGUGGAAGGUGGGGUGCGCGGCCGCGGGGUGGGAGCUGGCCGGGGGGAGCCCGGAGGAUGCGAGAUGUUUGACUUCUUUAUUUUUCUUUCUGUUUUUUUUUUUUUUGCUGGGGAGGGGGAAGACGAGGAGUCAAGCCCCGGUACAGGCGGAGGAACCGGGUGUUUGGAAGAUGUUGCAAACCAUUGACUGGAGCGUUUGAAAGGGAGAUCGACUGCUUUGGCUUUUUUUUUUUUUUCCCUUUUUUUUCCUCCCCUCCCCCUUCCCCCCCUCUCCGGAGGGGUAGGGAUGUGUGUGAUCAGGGAGUGGAAACAAAUAUGUCCUUAUUUUCAAUGCCCCCUUUGAAAGAGACAAAGUAAAUGCUCCUUGCAAAAUGUUCCUGACCUGCGAAGGGACCUUCGGAAUUGUUCCAGCCACCAUGGAUUACAAUGGGGAAGCCAGGCCGGGGGAUUUUCAUGCCGGCUAUCAAGAAAUCGAAGGGAUAAACUUGGGAUACUUACAGAUCAAUGGCACCCAGAUGUUUGCUUUGGCCCAGGUCCUCAGCGACCUGUUUAAGGAUAUCCCCAGGACCACCAUCAGCAAGAAGAUGGAAACCUUAAAGAUCAAGAGCCGACGCUGCGAUCUCAAAGAGCUCCGGACCCUCAAAGCCAUCAACUCGGUGCCCACCCGCGCGGUGAAAUGCUCCCUCAUCUCCAAGGCGGACCUGGAGGCUCUCUGCACCUCCUGCAAGAGCCUCAGCCCCCGCAGGAGGAAGAGGAAAAGGAAGAGCAAGAGGAGGGAGCAGCUGCUGCUGCCGGGCCCGGGGGAGCUCUUCCCCUGCCCCCGGCCCCAGCUGGUGCCGCCCUGCAGAGCCGGCGGCUGCUGCGCCCCCGCCGCCCCCGGCCGCCCCAAGCUGCCCCCCGCCUUCCCCAAGCCGCGCUCGGCGCCGGCCGCGCUGCUGCCGCAGCCCUUCCACAGGGCCUUCCCCGCCUUCCAGAAACCCCCCCGGGGUCGGAGGGCUUGCGGGCUGGCUGCUCGGGGAGGGUUUUUCGCCGGGGUGCUGGCCGGGUACCCCCGCGACCUGGCCUUGCUGCACCCGGCGGCCGCGCAUCCCGCCGCGCAGGCGGCUGCGCUCGCCCCCCCGGGCCGGCGCAAGCGGGGUCCCUGCUGCGCCAAGGGGCUCUUCCCGGCCGAGAAGGGGCCCGCGGCCCCCAGGAAAGGCCGCUCCUCCGUCUUCCCCGGCUCCAAGCGACAGGGCACCUCCGCCGGCUACUCCAGCGACUCGGAUUCCAGCCUGGACUUCGGCGGGUCCAGCCCCGCCACCUCCAGCGACUCGUCGGAGGAGGAGGAAGAGGAGGAAGAGGAGGAGGAGGAAGGGGACACCUCGUGCAGCAGCGAGGAAGGCAGCUCCUCGGAGUCGGAGAGCAGCUCGCUGUGCAGCGGGGACUCGGUGCAGAGCACCCGGUACAGGCAGGCGGCUCUGCCCCGCUUCCAGCCGCAGCCCCCCCGGGAGCCCCUCGGCGAGGAGCGCCCCGCCGAGCCCCCCCCGAGCGUGGGCAAAGCCCUGCGCCCCGACCCCGACCUCCUCUUCCUCUCGCAGCAGCUCUGGGCUAGGACUUUGCGAGCAUCAACUUUGGAAAGUUUGAGCCCGGCUCCAGCCCCGGGCUCGGGGGCCCAGCCGCUGCCGGAGCUGUACGCAAAGCAGGAGGCCUCCCCUUCCUCCUCCUCCUCCUUCUCCUCCUCCUCCUCCCCCCCUCCCUCCCCGAGCAGCACCCCUGGGGGGGUUCCGCAACAAAAGGAGGGAGGCUUUGGGGACGCGGAGCCCUGCGCCAAAGGGAAGGAUUUGCACAAAGAUGCCUCGAACAAUAGAGCCUCGUUAGGCCCCAGUGACCAGGCGGAGAGGCAAAGCGGAGCUUUAGGCGGGCGAGCGCCUUCCCAAGAGCCGGGCCCGGCCCCGCAGCCCCCGGCGCAGGAGCUGGGGGGGAGCCUCGGGCCGGCCCCCCCCGGGGAAGCGGGGGAGCCCCGGCGGGAGCACUUUGACCGGCUGAUCCGGCAAUCCAAGCUGUGGUGUUACGCCAAAGGGUUCAACCUGGACGGGAAAAGUUUGCGGCACGGAGGGAGGACGGAGCCCUGUAAAGCUGCGGAGCUCAAAUCCCCCGGCUCCAAAAGAGCAGAGAGCCCCAGCACCUUGUCAAACAAAGCUUUGAAAGGCAAUGGCUCGGAAAGGAAUGCCAAGCGCAGACGCCUUGCCAGAGGCGCUGAGGCAGAAAGGCAACAGAGCUCCUCUAAAGGGAGGCCACAAAAGACUCAAAGGAGGAAUGCCAAGAAGGGAAACACUCAUUGCAAACGCCUCGGCAGCGCCGGGCCAACCCCGCCUCGGAAUUCCUUCAGCCUCAUGGGCAACUUCCCCUGUAUUCCCUCCCUGGUCGUGGGGGAAGAUGGGGACCUGUGUCCUGCCUCUUCCCUGGGGGUCAAAAACUCCUGGGCCCUCUCCAAAACUCACCCGCUGUGGAGCUGGCACCUGGGGGGCAACGCCAUCCCCGUGCCCCCCAGCCUCAAAUUCCGGGGCUAUAGCUUGGAGGAUCUCUAAGGACAGCGGACGGCCCGGAGGAAAGGUUUACACGCAACAGAUGAGAGCUGCA